GGAACGUAUGGAUAUUAUUUUUGUUGAUUGACAAUUACCUUAACACAAGAGUUCUCUGGACAUGUUUGUUGUGUAUAAUUCUGAUGGAAGACAAUUUCAUUCCUCACAUCACUGUCAAUGUAUCCAUCCAAUGAAUGAAAAAACUUUGAUAAACACAAUUUUAAUACAGGCGAAGAAAUCACUUAUCAUUUUGAUUGUAUUGUUACUCGUGUUCUUAUGUACUGAUGAUAUUUCAGGAUUGGCGAGUUCUUGGAAGUUUGUUAAUGUUCCGUUAUACCCAAGUACGUUUAUUCUAUUUUUUAACUGUAUGAAAUCAAAAUCUCUCAUCUAUUUCUUUUUUAAUUUUAAUCGCUCAACUAGUAUUGUUGCAUAAAUCUACCAUCGUGCAAGAUGUAUUGAUCGACCGAUCAACCAAUAUCCGGAUGGAAGAACGGACUGACGAACGUAAAAUUUAUUUGUAUAGACCAGAUAUGGUAACUACUAGUGCAAUUGAAAAUGUCGGCGAUGAUAAUAAUGUGUCUAAUUAUACUUCAAGGGAAUUUAGAUUACCACGUACAUUGUUUCCACAUUUCUACGAUUUGUCAAUUCAAGUCCAUUUGCAUGGUAACAAGUCACAAGCAUUUUUCUUCAAUGGAUCUGUGACAAUAAAUGUUUUUUGUAGUGUGUCGACAACCGAGUUCUUCGUACAUGCAUCCGAUAAUCUGAAUGUGAGCUUGAAUCAAAUCCAUAUGUCUCGUCUUCAUGAAAAAAAUCAAACAAGUUCUAUUAUUGAAAUAGAUGACGUUAGUUAUUUUCAAGAUGCUGAGUGUUAUCGAAUUAAACUCAAAACGCCUCUGCAACCACAUACUUAUUACAACCUAACAUUUGGACAGUUUCGUUCUGAUAUGGACUAUGAUUCUGAUGGACUGUAUAUUAGCAGAUAUUUGGAAAAUGGGAUUUACAAACAUUUGGCAAGUACUGAUUUAGAACCAAGCGAUGCGAGGAGUAUAUUUCCAUGUUGGGAUGAGCCAGAAUUUAAGGCAAAAUUCAAGGUCAAUAUUGUACGCCACAAAAAUUUCCAUUCGCUUUCAAACAUGAAUUUGGAAAGUACGGAAGUGUUUCACGAUGAUUGGCAUGUCGACAGAUAUAACACCAGUGUGAAAAUGUCCACAUAUCUGUUGGCAUUUGUAGUUUCACAAUUUUCGAAUAUUCAGAGGACAGACAGUAGAGGACGAAACUUCACUGUUUGGGCAAGACCGGAUAAAAUUCGAUCAGCUGAAUAUGCACUUGAUAUUGGCAUAAAAUUAUUGGGAUACUUUGAAGAUUAUUUUGGCAUUCCCUAUUCACUUCCUAAAAUGGAUAUGCUUGCAGUUCCUAACUUUUCAAUGAUGGCAAUGGAAAACUGGGGUUUGAUAACUUGUGAUGAAAAUUUAAUGUUAUGGAACGCAGAAAACGGUUCGAUAGCAUCCAAAAUUCUUGUGACUUUCGUUAUUUCACAUGAACUUGCUCACCAGUGGUUUGGAAACUUAGUGACAAUGAAAUGGUGGGACAACUUGUGGUUGAACGAAGGCUUUGCAACAUUUUUUGAGUACAUGGGAGUGCAGUUACUACAUCCUGAGUGGAAAGUAGAUGAACUAUUCAUACUGGACGAAUUGAUUCGUGUACUUGAUAGAGAUACAUCGAUGCAAUCAAGACCAGUCAUUUAUUCAGCCAAUACUACAACACAACUUAAAAGCAUGUUUGAUAUAUUCACCUAUAGUAAGGGCGCCUCCUUGGUUUGGAUGAUGGAGAAAUUCAUGGGCCGUAACGCUUUUCAAAAUGGUUUAAAAAGAUAUUUAAUUCAAAACCAGUAUGAGAACACAGAUGAAAAAGACUUAUGGAAGGCAUUAUCUGAAGAAUGGAAUACUGAAGAAAAUCAUCCAGACAUUGGAUUGAUUAUGGAUUCAUGGACUAAACAAAGGAGUUAUCCACUUGUGAUUGUAAAGGGAAAUGGGUCGAAUGUGUUCUGUUUUGAGCAGAUGCGUUACUUUCAACACUAUGAUAACAAUUCAGUUCAGACAAUACAUGAACAACCCUGGAUAAUACCAAUCACUUAUGGGUCAGCACAAACGGUGAACUGGACAAAUGCUGAUAUUUUGUGGAUGGUGAACAGGAAAAUGAAUCAAAUGAUGAACAUAAGCUCAAACGACUGGUAUUUGGUGAAUGUAAAACAAGGUGGAUUUUAUCGGGUUCACUACGCUGACAAUAACUGGAUUUUAUUAACCAAUCAAUUGCAAAAGAAUUUCACGGCUAUUCCAGUUUUCGCACGAGCACAAAUAUUGAAUGAUUUAUUCAGUCUUGCAAAUUGUCAUAUCGUACCGUAUACUCUUUUCCUGAACGCGACAAAAUAUUUAAACCACGAAGAUGAGUUUAUUGUAUGGAUAACAGCUAGUCGAGCGCUGCUCUACAUCAAUAGCAUGUUUGCUCUGAAUGAGAAUUAUGACGUUUUCCAAGCAUACUUGCAAACUCUUAUCCAUAACCGAAUUCGAUUAGCAAGUCGGUCAUUUGUUGGUACAAGUGAAGAUGUUCAGAAGACACGUUUAGACUAUAGUAUGAUCAAACUCGCUUGUAUAGCUGAACAUCAUCUUUGUGUGAACAAAACUACGGAUCUCUUUAGACAAUGGAUGUCAAAACCGGAAACGAACCCCAUACCACCUGAUUUGAGAUUCAUUACUUAUUGUACAGCUAUUCGUCAUGGCGGUCAAGAAGAAUGGAAAUUUUUAGAAAGUCAGCUGAUGUUGAACGAUCUUGCAAAUGAGGAAGAUACUGAAGACAAGAUGUCGGCGUUAACGUGUUCUCGUGAUACAGAAAUUAUGAAAAGGUACUUAGAGCGGGUAAGAGAGAACAAGAACUUAUGGUUUACACUUGACUAUUUUUCAGAGUCUCCAGUUGGCAACCAAUUUUUAUGGGACCACCUGAGUGAUGUAAAUAACUUUAUUAAAUAUAAAGACUUUACGAAAUUAUUAACAAAAACACUAACUGAAUAUCCUUACUCAGUGUUUAGUGGAACAAAACAUGAAAAGAUCCUUGUAACAGAAGCUAAUCAUCAGAUAGAUCCUGAACUUCGAAAAAAGAUCGAUUAUUUAAUUCACAUAUCCAGAGAAAAAUUGAAAUGGACUGAAAACUAUUCCGACGUUAUUAUUCAGUGGUUGAAUGAAAAUAUCCCGGUAUUUACCUUUUUAUCAUAGAUAAUGAAAAUCAACCAAUUAAGCACUAAUAAGCUAUACGAAUCGAAUCUUUUAACUUCCGUCGUUGUUGCCGUUGGUACUUUUUAUUCUACUAAGCCUUGGGACACUUAUAUGUUAUUCCAUACUCACACUAGUACUUUGAAUGUUUGCUUGUAGUAACUCGUAGUAACUUUGGUUGAAUAUUUAUGUUUAUCUAUAUAGCACUGAUGGUAGAACAAUUUUGUUGUGUGUUUCGAUUCUAAAUGUUUAAUAUUCAUAAUGUGAAAUAAAAAGCCUCGAGUAUG